GUCUUGGUUUACACAAAGGAAUGUUUAGACAAAUCUGCGAAAUAGCAGUUAAAUUCUAUCAAAGUACCUUUAAUGAUGAGGCUGCAUGCAGACAAAUGACUACUCAACUAAUUGAUUAUAAAAAUAAUGACUAUCCGUUUAACUUUAGUUAUGAUUUUUCAAAAUCACCUAUUCAAUGGUGGGGAGUGAUCGAAGAUAAACAAAAUAAUAUUUUGGAAUCUUGUCAAUUCUCAAAUAAUGAAAAGCUAGAAAUUGGAUCGAUGAUUGAUUUGUCAAAUACAAGUUUUGGUGGACAAGAUGUAAGUGAAGUUCGUCCAAUAGUGCAAGGAAGUGGUAAUAUGGAUUUUGAUCCUAUCGCAGUAGUGGAAAGUGAACUCCG